UGAUUGGGCACGGGUGGUGUCAGUCCCUAUUGCCCGGGUGACUGUGGCUGGGUCCGCGAUCCCGGGUGUAAAUAGGAAGGAUUGAUUGAUUGAUUGAUAGCAUUCCCCCCCCCCCCCCCGCGGCGCGGCGCCCGGGCGCCAUGCCCCGCCCCUGAGCAUGUUUCGCAUCCAGGAGUUCCCGGACGAGGUGUUCCCGGGGCGAGGGAAGGAGUCGGCUGCUCCCCCGGAGUCGCAGCAGGCACACACGCCCGGCUCCAAGCAGCCAGGCACCCCCACAGCUGAGCUGCGAAACCGGAUAGGGUCAGACCCCCCAUCUCUGGAGCCAGAAGUGCAGGAUGAGCCAGGUGGGGCAUUCCGGGCACGCUCACGCUCAGCCCCCCCCAUCCUCUGGGCUGCCAUGCGUUAUGGGCGGGAGCUGCGCAGGAUGAGUGAUGAGUUUGACGUGGCGCUGCAGGUGCUUCCACGCCCCAAGAGUGCAGGCACGACAUCCCAGAUGCACCAGGGGAACAGCUGGAAAGAGACCCUCCAGGCCUGGUUGGGGCACAGACCUGCCCGUGAUGCCCCCCCUAGGAGCUCCAAGUGACUGCAGCCUCCCUGCUGGGGUGAUGGAACCGAACUCUGCAGGAUGCCAGUGUCUCCUGGGAGGAGGGCGAUGUGGGGGAGCUCUGUAUGGAGCAUAUUCCCCCAAACUCCCCCCUACCCAACCCUGGGGGUAGGCAGCUGCCUGUCUCUCCAUAGGGUGACUCCUGACAUAUAUCUCUGGGGGGACAGGGGGAAAGAGGCUGGGUUUUUUACACUAUCCGGGGAAGCUGUAAUAAAAAACAGGUAUUUUCUA